UUCGGUCCGAAUGCGUUCCACGGGUGGCUAGCGAAUUCGGCCCACAUGCGGAUCUUGCCGCAAAAAGAUUUCGCCCCGAAUGCGUAACCCGAAUUCGGUCCGUAUGCGACUUUCAGCAUUCUAUGCGCUUUCGGAGUACAGCUUUCUAUCCGCGUGCUAUAUAUCUCACUCGCUCCGAAUGAUAUUUCCCGAAUUUAAAAUAAUUAAAAUACACAAGUCGAAAGUUCACAAAUCAAUUUACUUUAUUUAAUGUAGCAACGGAAUACAUAUAAACUUACAUUUAUAUUGCAUCCUAAUAUACUGACAAAUUAUAUAAUUUUAUAAUACCACCUAGAAUGGAAACUUACUUGAAAAUUUAAGAAGAGAGCUUUGGUGUUUUCCCAGCUCAUAUCGGAUACAACAUGAUUGGUUUAUUUUUGAUUACUUUUGACUUCCUGGACCUGAUGGCCAAGAACACUGGGCACUUAUUGGCACUUAACCAGUUUGCUGACACAUCCGAAACCAAAGUUUUAUCUUCUUCUACGAAAACCACGGCAACGGGUUUAUUCUUUAAACUAUUCACUGUUUUCUGGGACGUUGAGUAGCGAAAUCAGCGACCGGUGCUAAGUGCUAAUAGCGAAAGGCAUGGCAUAUAGUUUUUAAAAACCCCGCUGCUGAGCUGAGCUCGCCCCGCAUUCGGGCCGUAGUCGGCAGCAGAAUUCGGAUAGCGAGAGAAAAUCCGAAUUCUGCUCGAUAGCAUAAAUUUGUCGGUUAAACGAAAUCUUUUUUUAGCUUUGAAACCGAAGGUGGCCCACCGGCUACUGUGAGUUACUACAUAGAAUCUGAAAUUAGAAAUCUAUCCGUAGUCGUAAUUGAGGCGAUAAUUUCGGCCGCCUCUAAACCGAAAACAUCGUAUGCGGGACGCAUUCGGGCCGAAUCUGAUUGUGCAUCGGGUUGUUUUGUUCCCAAAGUCAAAAAGCUCUGUAACAAUGUAACCACAGUAAACCUGCCUCUUCAGUCAGACCACUUUGUGACCCCACGAUCGCAUGAAUGACAAGGAUAAGAAGAUAAGAUAUCUUGACCUCCCUCAAGUCGAUGGUAUUUACUGAUUCAUAUGCAGUACACGCAGCGUUGCACAACCCACCAAAAUAGUGAGCGUCAGAACCAGUUGCAACAAAGACAUCAGUCCCUACUCUUUCUAGAUUAGACGCAGCGUUGCGAUUUUAUUGUCCCAGUACCUCGUCGACACUUGAGAGAGUCGGACUUGAAAAAUUACCAGAAAAUCUGCAACAUCCAUAAAUUUCUUAAAGCUUAAGAAAAUCUUUCCAGCAGUACAAAUUUGAAAUGGGACAUUUUCAUAAAGCGGGUUUGUUCUUGCUUGUAGUCUCGGUGUCACUUUCGGACGCUGCUUCAUACCUGGAGGACACCACGUUAAGCGCCAACCAAGCAAAGAUUUUGGUCGAAUUUAAGAACCGAGUUGUUCCAAAACUAAAAAGGGAUUAUGAAAAGGAGGACUUGUACCUGGUCCAAUUUUUGAGAGCUAAGAAAUUUGACCUCGAGGAAGCCGAACGGUUCAUUUUAAAGGAGUCCAGGUGGAGGUCGGAGCUAAAUUUCGACAGCAUCCAUUCCGAGGAUUGGUCAGACAUGGAGUGCUGCUAUCCAAUCCUGGUCCAAGGUGUCGACCGUGAAGGGCGACCAUUGGCUUUGUUUGAUAUUGGCGAGUGGGACAUACGCCGCGCCGCGUUGGCCGGAAAGUCAGGCCGUUUGAUUAGAUGGGUUCUAAAAAAUUACGACAUGGCUCGCAUCCGGAUGCGCGAAUUGGGCAGCGAGGGCAAAAACGUGACCAGAUACAAUCUCCUGUUCGACUUUAAGGGAUUUCUUCCCACCAACGUCAAUAGCGCAACUUUGCCAUUCUACGUUUCGGCCGCAACAUCAGUGGAUCACUUUCCCAACAUGGUCAACAAGAUCAUCGCUGUGAACACUCCUUUCAUAUUCCAAACGAUCAUACAAGCGAUGACUCCCUUGAUGUCGCCCGCUGUACGCGACAGUUUGAAGUUCUACGGAAGCAGACGGGAAGACUGGGUGCCAAAAAUACGGGAAUUAAUCGACCCCGUACAAAUCCCUUCGAGAUACGGCGGAUACAAGGAGGACAUAAAUUAUUAGUAAAUUUAUUCUGGCAUGCAAUAAAUGUGGAUUUAUUUAUGUUCAACUUUCAGUAUCAACUAAUCAAUAAAAAAAUAUUUAACUGA